GGGUAACCGGCGGGUGAAACAAAACGCGAAAUUCUUCUGUUUCGAGCAAAACACGAUCAUCUCUAAUCACUGCACACGCUUUUGUCAAACACGGACAGAUUCAGACCAAGAUUUCUUCCUUACAAAAAAGUGGAGCAGCUUCUUCUCUGAAGGUUCCCCAACUAUUGCCCAACCUCAUUAAAUUCUGUUGCUUCAUUCCCACAAGGAUUGUUUUCUCGCUAGGACUUGAAAACCCAAUUCAUCUUUGGCUCCAAGAUUGAAUCUUUAUAUGGUUUAGGCUCAAAGAUUGAAUCUUUAUUUGGUUUGGGCAAUAAAAACUGAAUCUUUAUUUGCUUGUGUGAUUGGAAUAGUGUAAACUCCAGUGUUAGCUGGAAUUGGAGAUUAAGUUGAAGAUAGAAUACAUGUAUUACAGAGUCGUGAUAGAAAACCCAUUACAGAUACACAAGCUUUUGAUUCAGUUUCUGUGAUAGAAAAAGGGGCACAAGAAACUUGAGCUCCAUUGAUGGACAACAAUGGUUCUCCACCACCAUACUAUCCACCAUACCAGAAUGCAUACCCAUACCCACAUCACCAUCCAUCCCAAUACCCACCUCCUCCUUCAGAUCAAUACCCUCCUACCCAAUAUUCAUCUCCACCAGAUCAUUACCCACCUGGUCCUUCCCAUGCUCCAUAUCCCUACCCUUAUAGUUCAUACCCUCCUUAUCAACCUUCCCCAUAUCCUUACCCUUCUUCAGCUUCACCUCCUUCAUCUGCAUACCCUCCUUCUUCAACUACAUACCCUCCUUCAUCUACUUCCUAUCCACCAUCACCCACAUCCUAUUCACAUGCACCAUCCUCAGCAUCCCUCCAAUCGAACUCUUUCGACUACAGUCAGCACCCUUAUCUCUAUCCCUACCCGCCAGCCCGGCCUCAGAGUGGCCCUCUGCCAACCCUUCAGCACCAGGGCAGUGGUAGUUUUAAGUACGAGUCUAAUCAGUAUCAGUAUCAGCAGUCAGGGGCGUACCCUCCACCCGAAAGCCCCCACCAGUCCCCUUUGCGUGCUAGUAGAUUCUCUCUUCACCAGAGGUAUGAGAGCUGUCCUGUAGGCAUUGAGGCUCCUGCUUAUCCUCCGUUGGAUCAAGCUUUGAGUAACUUGCAUUUUUCUGAGAACCUUACAGCUGAUAAUUCAGCGGCACCAUCAGCACCUUCGAGUGCAAGGUAUGAUAAGGUGGGGGAGUUUUAUGGAUAUCCUAAUAGCUCCUUUUCGAGUUGGGAGACAAGUAGCACUUAUUCUGGUCAGCUUGAUCCGCCAGCUCCUAUUUUGACAGAAGCGAGUUCAUUUAAUGGAUCACAACAUAGCCAGAGUUUACAGAUUGUUCCGUUACAGAAUAAAGGGUCUUUGAAGGUUUUGCUCUUACAUGGGAAUCUGGAUAUUUGGGUAUAUGAGGCGAAGAACCUGCCAAAUAUGGACAUGUUCCACAAGACUUUAGGUGAUAUGCUGAUGAGGUUUCCAGGGACUGGAACAAACAAGGCUGAUGGGCAGUCUAACCGUGGGAUCACUAGUGAUCCAUAUGUGUCGAUUUCAGUUGCAAAUGCUGUAAUUGGGAGGACAUAUGUGAUAAGCAAUUCUGAAUUUCCUGUUUGGACGCAACAUUUCAAUGUUCCAGUAGCGCAUUACGCAGCUGAAGUGCAUUUUGUUGUUAAAGAUAGUGAUCUUGUGGGAUCCCAGCUUAUUGGAGUCGUGGCAAUUCCAGUAGAAGUCAUAUAUUCAGGAGCAAGAGUUGAGGGAAUUUACCCAAUCCUGAAUGCUAGUGGAAAGCCUUGUAAAUCCAGAGCUUCCCUGAGUCUUUCAAUUCAGUACACUCCAAUUGAGAGAUUGAGCAUUUACCAUAAUGGAGUUGGGGCAGGCCCUGAUUACUAUGGAGUUCCUGGCACCUAUUUUCCUCUUAGGACUGGUGGAAAAGUUACUCUUUAUCAAGAUGCUCACGUCCCAGAUGGUUGUCUUCCUAACCUGAUUUUAGAUGGGGGGAGGCCAUAUGUCCAUGGGAAGUGUUGGAGUGACAUAUAUGAUGCAAUACGUCAAGCACGGCGUUUGAUUUACAUUGCUGGCUGGUCAGUUUGGCACAAUGUCAAAUUGGUUCGGGAUGGUAGUGCUGCAUCAAAUGUCACCAUAGGUGAUCUUCUAAGAUCUAAGUCCCAGGAAGGAGUGAGAGUGCUGCUGCUUGUGUGGGAUGACCCAACUUCAAGGAGCAUUUUGGGCUAUAAAACAGAUGGAAUCAUGCAAACCCAUGAUGAGGAAAUUCGGAGGUUUUUCAAGCACUCCUCGGUGCAAGUGUUGCUUUGCCCCCGCACUGCUGGAAAACGACAUAGCUGGGUUAAGCAAAGGGAAGUUGGGACGAUCUAUACACACCAUCAGAAAACCGUAAUUGUGGAUGCUGAUGCCGGCCAUAAUCGGAGGAAAAUCUUAGCUUUUGUCGGAGGACUUGACUUAUGUGAUGGGCGAUACGAUACUCCAAACCACGAUCUAUUUAAGACGUUGAAAACAGAGCAUAAAGAUGACUAUCACAACCCAACGUACACGGGUAGCACAGCUGGUUGUCCAAGAGAGCCAUGGCAUGAUUUGCACUCUAGGCUUGAUGGUCCAGCAGCGUAUGAUGUUCUAACCAACUUCGAGGAGCGCUGGUUAAAGGCCUCAAAACCACAAGGGAUGAAGAAAUUGAAAAAAAGUACCUACAAUGACUCUUUGCUCAAGUUGGAACGGAUCCCAGACAUAAUUGGAGCAUCCCAUGCUGCUUCCACUAGUGACUACGAUCCUGAAACUUGGCAUGUUCAGAUCUUUCGUUCGAUUGAUUCAAACUCUGUUAAAGGUUUCCCAAAGGAUCCAAAAGAAGCAACAAUGAAGAAUCUGGUGUGCGGAAAGAAUGUGCUGAUUGACAUGAGCAUACAUACAGCAUAUGUGAAGGCCAUCCGAGCUGCACAGCAUUUCUUGUAUAUAGAGAAUCAAUAUUUUAUUGGGUCUUCAUACAAUUGGAGUCAAUAUAAAGACUUAGGUGCUAAUAAUUUGAUACCCAUGGAAAUUGCCCUUAAGAUUGCUGAGAAAAUCCGAGCAAACCAGAGAUUCGCUGCGUAUAUUGUCAUUCCAAUGUGGCCAGAGGGUGUUCCAACUGGUGCAGCAACACAGAGAAUUCUAUUUUGGCAGCACAAAACGAUGCAAAUGAUGUAUGAGACAAUUUACAAGGCGUUGGUGGAAAUGGGGUUGGAGGGUGCAUUCUGCCCCCAAGACUAUUUAAACUUCUUCUGUCUUGGUAAUCGUGAGGCUAUAGAUGGAAAUGAUACCUCUGUUUCUGGAACUCCUCAUGCAGCAAACACCCCACAGGCAUUCAGUCAAAAAAACAGGCGAUUUAUGAUAUAUGUUCAUUCGAAAGGAAUGAUAGUCGAUGAUGAGUACGUAAUAAUAGGGUCUGCAAACAUCAAUCAACGCUCUAUGGAAGGAACAAGAGACACUGAAAUAGCAAUGGGGUCUUACCAACCUCAUCAUACAUGGGCGAGAAAUCAUUCUAGUCCUCUUGGACAGAUAUUUGGAUAUAGAAUGUCUCUGUGGGCAGAGCACACAGGAACUGUUGAGGACUGUUUUAGAGAACCAGAGAGUCUUGAAUGUGUUAGGAGAGUUAGAACAAUGGGUGAGAUGAACUGGAAACAAUUUGCCGCUGAGGAGGUAACAGAGAUGAGGGGUCAUCUAUUGAAGUAUCCAGUUGAGAUUGAUCGAAAAGGCAAAGUGACAUCCCUUCCGGGAUGUGAGAAUUUCCCCGACGUAGGAGGAAAUAUAACCGGUUCAUUCCUUGGCAUUCAAGAAAAUUUGACAAUUUGAUCGUUAGUCUGUUACUAUAGAAGAACACUCGGUACAGUUAAAAAGAGGUUUUUGUUUUGUUUAGCAAACCCAUAGUAUUAGACACCAUCCCUUUAGAAUUUGUCUUACUCAACAGGGAGGGAAUACAAGUGUUUUUUUUUUAUUUUUUCGAAUUUAUUCUUUGGUAGAGCGAGUGGCUUCUUUGGUCAAGGAAACCUGACCAUUUGAUCUGCCUGGUCCUGAACUCCAGAUUAUGUAGUGAAGAUUACAAUAAAAUUCCCUUUGUACAGUUUGGUUA